AUGCGCACUUAUUGGCCUCUCCUUCUGGCUUUGACCAGGUCAGCUCGCGGCCAAUAUAACAGUACAGUUCUGGGUGCCCAAGCCACGCCAUCGCCGCCCUCAUCUUCAGCGGAAGCUGCUGAGGAGACUUUCCAGGCGCAAGGUGGAGGGUAUGGCCAGGGCAGCACUUGCAAGACCACGAGCACGAUAUACGAAUAUGGAAAGCCUUCCACCUCCACUAUCAAAGUUACUGUCACUUCGCCUCAGACAUGUCCCAAGCCGGUCACCAAAACCCAGACUGUCACCUCGUCGCAAGGAUAUGGUGUUGGGUAUCCUGUAACUGUCACAGUCACGUCUACGAAGGAAGUCACCAAAUCUGCCGGAAACAAUCCUUCCCCACCAAAGACAAUCACUGUCACUUCUACAAAGGAAGUCACCAAAUCUGAUGGGUACAACACUCCCCCCAAGACGAUAACUGUCACAACUACCAAGUCUGGUUAUAUUACGGUCACUUCUCCUGGAUACUGCGCAAAUCCACCUCCCAUGACUACUACAAAGACCAAAACUGUUACUGAGUCAGCGUAUUGCCCUGUUAAGCCCCCCGUGACCGUGACUCAGGUGAACAACUCUACCAUCACAAAGACCGAGCAUGAAACCGUUACGGGGCCCACGACAACAAUAAACAACACCAUAACUCAGCUCACAACGCUGACACUGACUUCGACAGUGGUCACACUGGUCCCAACUACUGAAAUCAGUUACACAACGACCACCGACUACAAAACUAAAACUGAAACUGAUACCACCACGCAGACCGAUACAACCACGGAAACCGAUACUACCACAGAAACUGAUACCACCACGGAAACUGAUACCACUACGCAGACCGAUACCACCACAGAAAUCGACACCAUAACCCAGAGCGACACCACCACAACCACGCAAACUGACGUUUCUACGACGGUCAGCAUUUCUACAUCCACAUACACCUCUGUCACCACUUACUCUACUACACUCUACGAGACUAGUACGCUGACACUACCGGGAACCACUUCCGUCACAACGGAGACAGUCGUCUCUACAGUCACGGCAACGCUUACCCUGACUGACUACAUUUCUGUGACGUCAACUGUUCCUGGACCGACGGUGUCAGUUCCAGGCCCAACAGAGACUACAGUGCAGACAGUUUCAGUCCCUGGACCAGUACAGACAGUAUCAGUGCCUGGGCCUGUCGAGACGGUAUCAGUACCUGGACCAAUUGAGACCAUAAUCAGUUUCCAGCCGACAACGACAACUGAGAGGAUCAGCAUAACGACAACCUCUCUCACAACUAGUAUAUCCACUUCGGUGUCAACUUCAACAACGACAGAGUUGGUUGUGACUACCUUUACUCAAUCUGGUACCACAAUCACUAGUACCGAGACAAUCACCUCCGAAGUGUUGAUCACGACUACGUUCACGCAGACUCUGCCAACAACUGUGGUUUUGAUAUCUGAUCGAACUUUCACCCUGACAACUCCAGGCCCCACGCAGACUGUUGAAGAGACCGACACCGUUACCACGACAGUUGAAGAGACGGAUACUCUUACUCAGACAGUAACCGAGGUGUCCACUUCACUCAGCACUCUGACCCUGCCACCACAAGUCAUCGUGACUACGACCACCCUCGAGGGUGAGACUUCAACAAUCACAACUCAGCUCCCGCCUAGCACGGUAGUAUCAACGAUCGUGUCGACUCUCACUUUUCCGCAGGUCACAGUGACAUCUGUCAGCGUCUCGCCUCCUGAGACCGUGAUAGAGACAUUUACACAGCCAGGUCAGAUUACUACCACAACUUUGACUCUUCCCAGAAGUACGACAACGUUCACGACGCAGCUCCCUGCGAGUACUGUGCUUUCUACCAUCACCCUACCUGGCGACAUCACAACGACCACCGUACAGCUUCCGGGCACUACAUCCGUUAUAACUACUCAACUUCCUGCGAGUACUGUGGUUUCUACCUUGACGCUACCAGGCGAUGUUGUCACUUCCACAAUCCAGCUUCCAGGAACUACUUCCGUGGUCACGACUCAACUUCCCGCGAGUACCGUAGUUUCGACACUGACGCUGCCUGGCGAGAUCACGACAUCGACUGUCCAACUUCCCGGAACUACAUCUGUGAUAACUACCCAACUUCCCGCGAGCACUGUAAUCUCGACAGUAACGCUUCCGGGUGAUGUAGUCACUUCCACGAUCCAGCUACCUGGACAAACCUCCAUCGUGACUAGUCAGCUACCAGCCAGCACUAUCCUCUCGACGGUAACUCUGCCUGCUGUCACUUCCACAGUGAUUAGUCAAUUGCCAGGAAGUGUUUCGACAACUACCCAACUAGCAACUGUCACUUUACCAGGAUCAACAGUUUUGAGCACUAUUUCCCUUCCCGGCUCGACCUCGGUAUCUACUGUAACCUUACCUGCGACGGUCUCGGUCUCUACUAUCCUGAUCACACAGUCAUUCGUUACCACUCAAGUGCAGCCCACGACGAUUGUGCAGACAUUGACACCAACCUCCACGUCCACGACGCCUGCAUCUAUCUCGUGCUCUAGUCAAUGUCAGAUCGAUGUCACUGCGACCAGGUUAGAGUACCCUGGAGCGGUCGUGACCAGUACCGUAUCCGUUCCAACGGUCACCCUUGAGAUCUACACGGAUAGGUUCUCGAACCCAGUCAGCUCUUCUGUGGUCACCAACCCACUGCCAUCUCAAGCGUCUCCAACAUUCGUAUGGACUUACUCUGGUGUAACUUUGACUUAUCCCACAACUUACGCAGCCUAUGAAACGUUUAGCCAUCUCGAGGUGGAGGCGGUAGGGACAGUUUGCGUGACUGAGACAGAUACUUUGACCUUGCCAGCUCCCACAAAUUACGCAUCUCUCAUUGUUCCCUUGAGCGAGGUCCUUGACACAGCAUUUGUGGCGCCCACGGUAGUCAGCUAUCUCAAUCAGCAGCCGACAAUUAUCGCUCAACUUGGACAGUCGAUUGGCCCAAGCGCAUGUGAUCCAAUCGACGGAAGCACAGUCGACGGUAUCCAAUCUACAGUCGGGACUGCCGUUUAUGUCACGUCUGUUGCAGGUUUGUCAACAGCAACAGUCCGCAAGCCGACAGCACAGUCCCAGGUUUUGCCAUCUUCUGAAGCUCCAGCCACUACAAGCCCAGUACCAACGAGCAGUGCUGCUCCCCCAAGUUCAGUGCCGCCACCACCUCCCCCAACUUCAAGUAGGCCACCCCCUUCACCUCCUUCUUCCAGCGCAAUCCCAGUUCCUAGCAGCUCGCCACCACCUCCAUCAAGCGUGGCCGCACCACCUAGUAGCCAAGCGCCAUUGCCAUCUAGUACUGUUAUCCCACCAUCCAGCGUUGCGCUCCCACCAACAAGUAUCGCGCCUCCGUCAAGCAGCAUUGCUGACUCCGCGUCUGAAGGUCCAUCGCCAUCUCCCAUCCCCUCCUCGUCCGCCCUGCCUCCACCUCCCGAGCCAUCAACGGUCCCUGAACCAUCGACCGUCAUCGAACCUUCUUCCUCGUUGGAAGCACCCCCUUCUGCCCCUCAAUCCUCAAUCCUCGUAUCAAGCCGCACGUCUACGCGCUCGACUACCACUUCGGAAGGCAGCUCAUCUGUUCCUCAGAGUUCGAUGUCUGAGUACACUGGAGGUGGUGCGUUGCCAACAGGGCAUAUCGCAGGUUUACUCCUCGGAGCUGCAGGCCUUGGUCUGGGACUGUUCUAG